AUGAGUAAAGCCGAUACUUCGGCGGAGGCGGCCUCGCCAACUGUGGCGGUCCACGUGGACCAGUACAAUGAGCCAGACGAGGAGCACACCAAGCUCCUUGAUCCGACAUCGCCCACACCGACGGUAACGCCAUCUGGGCAAAUACGGAAAGUAAAGAGCUUCACAGAUACACACAGAAUCCGCGAUGUGAGUGCAGCUUCUGGUGCAGCAUCAGCCCGAUGUCUCCGUCCUUACGAGCAAGUGACUCCGUAUCCCGAAGGUUCUGAAAGUGGAACUAACCAAUAUGGAGCACCGUCUGUUAGAUCCCUCGCGUCCAUCGGUAUGGGUUGCACAGACGGUCGAAAAAUGGUUAUCAGAAGAGUGCCGACUUCGCCUACAGAGUUGUUCCAUUUAGUACGUCCUCCUACACCCCCAGAUGAGGAUACGGCAUCACACGAAAGCGACUGCAACGAAGAAGAGGAAGAUGACGAGACAGUACACCUAAAGCCCCGACGACCUUUUUGGGCUAAUAAAAUACAGUUCGUAUUGGCCUGCGUCGGUUACUCCGUUGGGCUAGGCAAUGUUUGGCGCUUCCCAUAUUUAUGCUACAAAAGUGGUGGCGGUGCAUUCCUGAUACCCUACUUCAUAAUACUACUAGUGUGCGGCGUACCCAUGCUCUUUAUGGAAUUAGCUGUGGGCCAAUAUACAGCACACGGCCCCAUUGGUGCGCUAUCACAAAUAUGUCCUCUAUUUAAAGGUGCGGGUCUUGCAAGCGUGAUGAUCUCCUUUUUAAUGUCCACGUAUUAUGCAGUAAUAAUUGCCUGGGCCAUAUAUUACUUCUUUACCUCCUUUAAAUCAGAGGUACCAUGGGCCAGUUGUUCUAACCGAUGGAACACUGCACAAUGUUGGGUUCCGUUCCAUAAUCAUACCAAACCGAACGGAUCGCAAACACCCACCGAACAGUUCUUUGAGAAAAAGGUUUUAAAUAUGAGUGAUGGAAUUGAAUUUCCUGGUGGAAUGAGAUGGGAAUUAGCGGCAUGUUUAGUCUGCGCGUGGGUAUUAGUGUACUUCGCACUUUGGAAAAGUAUCAAGUCCUCUGCGAAAGUUCGUUAUAUCACCACUACGCUACCAUUUCUCUUGAUAAUUGUCUUCCUUGGAAGAUCUUUAACAUUGGAUGGCGCCGAUAAAGGGCUCAGAUUCUUCUUCAAACCGGACUGGGAACUACUUAAGCAAUCAAGACCUUGGGUGAAUGCCGCAUCUCAAAUUUUCAACUCAAUCGGAAUAGCUUUUGGUUCUAUGAUAAUGUUCGCGUCGUACAACCGAUUUGACAAUAAUUUUCUUCAUGAUACUGUAGCCGUAUCUUUGGUAAAUGCUAUUACGAGCCUCAUAGUGGGAAUUUUUACAUUUGCUACUAUUGGAAAUAUAGCGUUCGAACAGAAUACUGGCGUCAAAGACGUAAUUGCCGACAGUCCUGGUUUAUUAUUUGUCGUAUAUCCACAAGCAAUAGCGAAGAUGCCAGCGCCGCAAUUAUGGGCGGUAUUAUUCUUCUUUAUGUUUUUAUGUUUAGGUCUCAAUAGCCAGUUUGCUAUUGUUGAAGUUGUUGUAACAUCCAUACAAGACGGGUUUCCAGAUAUGAUAAGAAAAAGGCUUGUAUACCAUGAACUGCUCGUCCUUUGUGUGUGCAUGGUUUCAUUAAUAUUUGGAAUACCACACAUAGUACGAAGCGGUAUAUAUGUGUUUCAACUUAUGGAUUACUACGCAGCCUCACUUAGCAUUACAUAUUUAGCCUUUUUUGAAGUUGUUGCCAUUGCUUGGUUUUAUGGAGUGGGGAGAUUAUCACGAAACAUCAAACAAAUGACAGGUCGUCGUCCUUCUCUAUAUUUCCGCUUUUGUUGGCUAGUGGCUUCACCAGCACUGCUAUUAGCACUUUGGGUGGCCAGCCUUGUGGAUUACACUCCGCCUACUUAUCGACAAUACCAAUACCCUGCAUGGGCGCAAUUUCUUGGCUGGACAAUAGCUUCAAUGUCGUUACUAUGUAUUCCUGUAUACGCCGUUGUCGUAAUUAUAAGAUCACCAGGAAAUAGUUGGAGAGAAAAACUCCGUAAUUCAAUACGGCCAACAUUUAUGUGUGACUGUGGCGUCAACGGUUGCGACAUAUGCUGUUCGGAAUCUGAACCCCCGGAUGACAAAACAACCAUAAAC